GAAAUUCGCGCGUUCGGAUAAUCUUCCGAUUUUCCCUCUGUCUCGUCUUUCUCGAUUUAUCAUUUAAUUCUUUUUUUUAUAAACAUCGUUUUCGCUAAACAAGUGUCAUUUUUUCUUCGUAGUCACCACAAAUGUGUCGGUGAAAAAUAUAACUAUAUUAAUAAUUUUAAGUUAUUAUUGCUAAGUUGAUGUUCAGAGACGCGAACAGGCGAAAAAAAAGCGGUGGAAAAAAUGAGCGUCGUCGAGACCAAAACCGUGAGCGAUUUGGUUCAACAAAUGAUUAUUUCUCUGUGCGGGGAACAAAAACCAGAUGUCAUACGAAAGUUUAUGAGAUAUUCGCUCGGAGUGUUAUCCUCAACUCCGUCGUCGGAAAUAGCUCAGGAAGACGAGACGACUGUAACUAAUCGCAUGAGAAGCAAAUUGUUGCCGAGAGCUGCAUUGAAUUUUGAUAAGCUGCUCAAUGAUCUCAGAGACAGACCUCUAAAAAAUCGAUUAAACAUUCUCUUGUUUUUGAUGAAAAUGAGCCAAUCCACUGAGCAAAUGAGCGAUCGACUCUACUCGGUUCCUGACAUACGGGAUGGCCUGAAUUUGGCAAUUGCCUCGACCAGUGGUCAUAGCUCGCAAGCUUCGUGCUCGAAUGCCCCAAUCGUAGCACUGGCUGAAAAUGAAGGGAACGUUAAUCGAAGUGUGAUACCAACUCGUAUCUUUAGCGAGGAUUUCAUAUCCGAAAAAGUUUUGGUUCAAGAUCUGAUAUAUUCGUUUCAAGGAAUCGAGGGAAAAGUAUUGAAAUUGGACUCAACUUAUGGUUUCCAAAUCGAUCCUACAGUAAGAAUCAGUCGUUGGGACAAACAAGAGGUUUUGCGGCUUAGCGAAUUAGGCUAUCUGCACAAUUUUGUGCGACGAAUUUUAGAACGAAUUUCAACGGUUGGUGCUAGUCGAGUCGCUGAUAGUUUUGUCGCUGCUCUCCAUAAAGAAUUGUCCGAAUAUUAUCGCUUCAUCGCAAUUAUACAAGAACAAGUGAACAGAGCCCAAAGGCCGAUGAGUGAUUGUGAUUACGUGAGUUUGUCCCACCUACGCUUGUGGGCUUUCGAUCCUUUGGAGACGUUGAAAUGGCUAGCGAGCAUUGUUCGAGCUUGUCAAAGUCACAAAGGCGGGGCCCUUGCUUCGGCGGUGUACGAGUUCGGUCAUCACGGGGACCCGGCAGUGAAAAAAUUGGUCAAGAGAAUACUCGAAAGCGUUUGCGAUCCUCUUUAUAACAUGCUCAUACGAUGGAUCGCGGACGGUGAAUUAGAUGAUCCUUACAAAGAAUUUUUCAUCGAGGCUUGCUCUGAUGUCGGUGGUGAUCGCAUGUGGCACGAAAAAUACCAAGUUCGCGAUUCUAUGGUUCCUUCUUUUAUUUCCAAAUCGCAAGCGAAAAAAAUCCUCGGUACCGGAAAGAGUAUCAAUUUUCUGCGCGAAGUUUGCAAAGAUUUUUCACCUCUCCAAGGACGCGGCACGGAAAAUUUUAGGAACAAUCACGAAAAGUACAGUGUUGAUGCUUUCUUCGAUAUGGAUCCCGAUGGACCGUUACAAACAAUGAUGGAUGCAGCAUACAAAGAAACUUCGACGCGAGUCGUUGAAAUAUUAAUGAAGCAGUAUCAAUUGAUGGAUCACUUUCAAGGAAUCAAGGGCUACUUGUUACUUGGACAAGGCCAUUUCAUACAGCACCUGAUGCAUUUGCUCGAGCCCGAAUUAUCGAAACCUGCGAAUUCUCUUUACCCCCACAACUUGUCCUCGAUAUUGGAAAGCGCUAUAAGAGCAACUUGCACGAAACAAGAGGACAUUGACGUCCAAAGACGUUUGGAUGUCCGAUUAUUAGCACCUUCGGAAGGUGAGACGGGAUGGGACGUUUUUAUUCUUGAUUACAAUGUCGACGGUCCUAUUGGCACGAUCCUCGAGCCCUGCCGCCAAACAUAUCAAACCGUAUUCUUCUCACUGUGGCGAGCAAAACGCAUGGAGUCGAUUUUGUCGGCAAUUUGGAAGCAGCAAACAACUUCAGCAAAAAUAUUUCGUAAAAUGCCUGAAGUUUUGCCCAUCCAAAAUCACAUACAUUUGAUUACCAGCAGUAUGGUCCAUUUGGUACAUCAGAUGCAGUAUUAUUUUCUUUUCGAGGUCAUCGAAUGUUCCUGGGACACAUUUGCGAAGCAAUUGAGACAAGCGUCAUCCCUCGACGACAUUAUCGCUGCUCAUAACGUUUUCGUCGAUUCUGUAAGGCAUGGAACAUUGUUGGACAAGGAAUCAGAGGAAUUAAUGGAUCACUUGCGUUCCGUUUACGGUCCAAUUCUCGAUCUUCAAAACUUGGAGGAAACAUUUUUAGCUCGAGCGACCCAGGAAUACGAGAUACGAUUGAGCACCACAAAGUUUGUUGAUGAAACGAGCGAAGAAUUGAAAAAGUGGGGCAGAUCGAACAGCACGGAUCUCGAUAACAAUGAGCGACAGGCCGCGUUCACGAAGUAUUUAAACACACUUUCCAUUCAACUGAAACUUUUGUCUCGGACUUAUCAGGAUCGUGUUAAAAAAUUCCUAUUGAUGCUGGCAUCAGCGGAAGACGUAUCGUUACAAUUGUUGAGCGUUCGUUUGGACUUUAACGAUCAUUACAAGAGUAAAGACAGCAGAUUGGCGGCGCCAUUGACAUACCAGCAUCGAAAGCGAAGCGAUUCAACGUUCAUGGGAUGUAAGUGACCCGAAUUACUCCCGAACGCCGCGUCAACAACGAUGAAAGGAUCGAUUGGCAAGAGGAUCGACAUCUCGGAGGAAGAGAAGCAAAGAAUUGCCGACAAGUUGUUUCAAUACUCGCCCGGUCGUCGUGCAGUAGGUAAGAACGCAGCGGCGCAGGAGUUGCCAAAAUGGAAAAUAACCAUCGAGGACCAUCAUGGAAAAUCGAGGAUACACGGGACGAGAACGAAUUUGAAAAACGUCGAAACGAGCAAAAAAACGUUUCGCAUGUUUUUGGAAAAUGAAAUUUUGGCUUCGGCUAAUUUGGAAUUCGAUAAAAGUCCUUUCGGUGAUUUGAAUUCGCCUGAAAGUCCUCACGAUCUUAGUCAAAUUGAGUUCUCCAUUUAUCCUUGUAAUUUGUCGUUUUUGGGAUUCGAUGAAAUAACUCAGGAUUUUGAGGACGACGAAAAAAUGGAAAUCGCCAAAAUCGAUGAAAAUCUCGAGAUUCUGGAGCAGGAAAUUCCUCCGGAAAGUUCGUCAAACUUUUCCUUCAAACAUGAUCGUUUUGAUAUCGAGAAGAAAAAUAUCAUGAGAAAGUAUACCAAUAACAACAAUAUCGUUGGAGACGAUGUGGGAAGUUGUAACGUCGAACACGACGAUCGCCACCACGAUCUUCUACCUUGGCACGAAAGUUUCCCGAUGAACGAUGAUUCCAUUUCCGUCGAAGGUUCCAUUUCCGGUGACGAUAGUCUUUCUAAAAAUAUAUUGCAUGAGAAUAAAAAUGUUGAGCCAAAAUUGCGGAGGUUUCGUCGCAAGCUUGCCUCCAUUUUUUGUUGCCUCGGUUGAGGGAAAACGAACCGAAAGAAGUGUUCUUUCGAGUUAAAAAGUCAUUAGGAAUUCCACCGAUCGAAAUUUCCAAUCGAUCGUUCAUCCUCUUAAGCUCGAACGAUUGAGAGGAUUUAAGAUUCGCUAAAAAAACAAAUUUCUCGCUCUUGCUUCACCACGUGAUUCCAAUGAAUCCCAAAUAUUUUCUUGUAUAGUGCCAUUCGUGAUAAAAUCAAUGCCAGAACAUAUGUCUAUAUAUUAAAACGAACAUGACAAAAAAAUAAUACCGUUCGAUCGAGCCAUUUAAUCAGUAUUAGAAUAUUUUCCAUUUUCAACGUCACACUCGUGUAUUUUUUUCACUAAACAAAAGCCACUGGGAAUGAGCAGCACAAAAAUGAAAAGAUUUUAAAAUAACGUCCAGAAGAGAUAAAAUGUACCUGCUUCAUAGGCGAACAUUGUAAAUAUAAAUAAUCACACAUAUAUAGAUAUUCGUGUAUUGUAAUUAUGUAUAUGUUUCAAUACAUUAUUUUUCGCACUGCCGCGUUCAA